CUGCGCACUGUUUUUUCAGUGGCUUGAUUGAUGCCAAACGAGUCCCAACGAUCUAAAAUCAUCAAACCCCUUUUACAUCACACAGCUCUCGAAUCUCGAUCUCAAUUCAAUUGAAAUCACCGUGCCGUAGUUCCUCAUUAUCCCCGAUUUUGGUUAAUUUAUUUCUCAAAAACCUAGAUUUUCGGUGAGGAUUUGUUGUUUAUUUGCACUUGGAUGUUAUUUAAGGGUUUGUAAGGCUUUACGUACGAGAAAAUGAGAAGACAAAGGCCGGAGUUUCGGCGGCAAGUGAGGCGGCGGUUUUCGGGUAUGUUUUGGUUAACAUUAUGUGGAGGAUUUGCGGUUUUGAUGUUGAUCGUUUUGUUAAGUCGAGAGAGCACAAAACCUAGAUCCAGAUCCGUGCUAUCUAAGAGUUCUUAUGGGCAUGAUAAAGUGAUAGAAGGCCUUAACAUCACAGCUGAAAUGCUAAACCCUGAUUCAAUCACAAGACAACUUAAUGACCAAAUCUCAUUAGCAAAAGCCUUUGUUGUAAUUGCAAAAGAAAGCAACAACCUUCAAUUCGCAUGGGAACUAAGUGCUCAAAUUCGAAACUCCCAAAUCCUUCUUUCAAAUGCAGCCUUAAGGCGGACCCCACUAACCCUUCAAGAAUCCGAGACAGCUGUCAAAGACAUGGCCCUUUUACUCUUUCAAGCCCAACAACUCCACUACGAUAGUGCCACCAUGAUCAUGCGACUCAAAACCAGAAUCCAAGAUCUUGAAGAACAAACAAGUUCUGUAAUGGAAAAAAGCAACAAAUAUGGUCAAAUCGCAGCUGAAGAAGUCCCAAAAAGUUUAUAUUGUCUUGGUGUACGCUUAACAACCGAAUGGUUCAAACACUCUGACUUACAGAAAAAAAGUCAAACCCAAAUUGAGGCAAAACUAAAAGACAACAAUCUUCAUCACUUUUGUGUCUUUUCAGACAACAUUCUUGCAACAUCUGUAGUUAUAAAUUCAACAGCAUCAAAUUCCUUAAACCCUGCUAAAUUAGUCUUCCAUUUAGUAACCGAUGAAGUCAACUUUCAUGCAAUGAAAGCAUGGUUUAGCAUGAACAGUUUUCGUGGGGUAACUGUUGAUGUUCAAAAGUUUGAAGAUUUCACGUGGUUAAAUUCCUCUUAUGUCCCUGUCCUCAAACAGCUACAAGAUUCGGACACUCAGAAUUAUUAUUUUUCUGGAAGUAAUGAUGGCGGGAAAACCCCGAUAAAGUUCCGGAACCCGAAGUAUCUAUCGAUGUUGAACCAUUUACGUUUCUACAUUCCGGAAGUUUUCCCGUCUUUGAAGAAACUCGUGUUUCUAGAUGACGAUGUUGUUGUCCAAAAGGACAUUUCUGGUCUUUUUAAUGUUGACUUGAAUGGGAAUGUGAAUGGGGCUGUUGAGACAUGUACAGAGACUUUUCAUAGGUAUCAUAAGUAUUUGAAUUAUUCUCAUCCGUUGAUACGGGCCCACUUUGACCCGGAUGCAUGUGGGUGGGCAUUUGGGAUGAAUGUGUUUGAUUUGGUGGAGUGGAGGAAGAGAAAUGUGACUGGGAUUUAUCAUUAUUGGCAGGAGAAGAAUGUGGAUAGGAGUUUGUGGAAGCUUGGGACACUGCCACCUGGACUGCUGACGUUUUAUGGGUUGACAGAGGCUUUGGAUCCUAGGUGGCAUGUGUUGGGGUUGGGUUAUACGAAUGUGGAUGCACAGGUGAUUGAGAAUGGAGCUGUGUUGCAUUUUAAUGGGAAUUUGAAGCCUUGGUUGAAGAUUGGGAUGGAGAAGUAUAAGCCUUUGUGGGAGAAGUAUGUUGAUUAUAGUCAUCCUAUGUUGGAACGAUGUAAUUUUCAUUGAUUUGGGUUUGGGUGUUGUUUUUUUUUAAUACUAUUUAGAUUUAUGGGUAGUUGUUAGUAGUGUAAGAUUUGGUUUGUAUACUUUAUUAAUGGAUGCUUUUGGAUGUUAAUUUAUUAAAUUAUGUAUGAGACCACACGUAAC